CUACUUUGCCACCACCGUUGACUGACGGACUUGCUACCGCCACUGUCAGCUAGUCUAGUUGUCGGCCGAUGUGUUUUUAGUCCCACCGUCCACUGUUACAAAAGGCAUCGUUGAACUCACGCGGAGCGUUAAUGCAGAAGUUUAACUGCUAAAUGAUCUGCUUCGAACCACUUACUUCAGUCUAAUCUCUCCUCAAGUUCAGGUUAGCCAGCUAGCUCGCUCGCUAGCAACUUCUGACUUGGACCCCUUGUAAUUCUCACUGGCUGGGGUAUUCCCUCGUAGUCAUAAUAGCCAUCUAAAUGAUCAUGGAGAGGAAGAGGAUAGAUUGCCCGGCUUUGCCCCCGGGUUGGAAGAAAGAAGAAGUGAUCCGGAAGUCGGGACUUAGUGCUGGGAAGAGCGAUGUGUACUAUUACAGCCCAACAGGGAAGAAGUUCCGGAGCAAGCCGCAGCUGUCGCGUUACCUGGGCAACUCGGUGGACCUGGGCUGCUUCGACUUCCGCACGGGCAAGAUGAUGCCCAGCAAGCUGCAGAAGACCAAGCAGCGGCUCCGCAAUGAGCACCUCAGCCUGUCAAAGGGCAAGCCUGACUUGAACACAGCUCUCCCCAUCAGGCAGACCGCGUCCAUCUUCAAGCAACCCGUCACCAAAGUGGUCAACCACCCCAAUAAUAAAGUAAAGACAGAUCUGCAGCGUGCCACAGAACAACCUAGACAGCUCUUCUGGGAAAAGCGGUUGAAAGGCCUCCGGUCGUUAGAUGUCACAGAAGAAGUACUACGGACCAUGGAACUUCCCAAAGGUUUACAAAGCGUGGGUCCAGACGCGUCGGACGAUACGCUGCUCACGGCCAUCGCCAGCGCACUGCACACCAGCUCGGCGCCCAUCACAGGCCAGACGUCCACGGCGGCAGAGAAGAAUCCCGCCAUCUGGCUCAACACCACACAACCCCUCUGCAAGGCCUUCAUCGUCACCGACGAGGACAUCCGGGAGCAGGAGCUGAAGGUGUAUCAGGCCCGCAGGAGUCUGGAGGAGGCACUGCUGGCUGACGGGUUGGCGCGGGCCGCCGAAUCCACCAGGGACAUCAAGAGCAAGGCAUGAGAAGAGUCCAUCAGGGAGUGGAUGUCUUCCGUGUCCUUUGGACGCCUGACGCCAUGUCACUGGUUCCUGCCUCCAGACUCCUUCCCAGCACAGUGUCACAUCCUCUAACCAACAGCUUUAGCCAAGGCCUUCUGGAAUCUUUUAUGUCGUUGUCUAUUGUUUUUUGUUUUGUUUUUUGAUGUACAUAUCUAUAUAUAAUUUCAGAACAAUGCUUAUUUUGUGUCAUAUAUUUUUUGGAAUUUAAAUAUUCUUUUAUAUAUAUAUAUAAAUAAAUAAUUAUAUAAAGAGAGGCAAAUAUUUGAGCAAUAUUCUUUGAACUUCUGGGAACUUUUGCGAGUCAGGUUGCAAUCUGCUGGAUUGGUAUUGCUAACUGUUUUUACUUCCACAUGUUCUGUCUGGUGCGGUUGGUUGUAAGGGAUUUUGUUCUUUUCAGGGUUUGUAAUAGAUAAUUAAUGCAUUUACAUGAAUAUAAAUGGAAAACUGCUUAUUUAAGAAAAUUUUAUACCUUGAGAGAAAAUACUUGUACAUUUCUUGCAUCACUUUAGAGUAAAUAAAUGAUUAUAUUCA